UUAUUAGCUUUAGCAUGGUAAUGUAUUAUAUACAGUUAGACUUUGUAGUGAUUGGGCCAGAGUAGAUGAUUCCUAAAUAGACUUCUCAUGCCAUAAUAUUGCUACAGAUAUAUGUUUGGCUAAUAUAGAUUUCGAAAAUAUGAAAAUAUUGUUUCUCCUUUGUUUGAUGACGUCACAGUUCGGUUUGUCACGACAAAAAAAAUUUCCCACGACGAUACACUUCGCGAAACCUGAAAACAUCUUCUCUUUUAGCGAUCUCAAGUUCGAUACAAAAGUAAAAGCGAUUUUGAACCCCAAUUGUACAGAUUCAAAGUCUUGCCUUCAACGUUGCCAACAUGGGAAGGUAUGGACGCUUCAAACAGGUUGUUGUAGUUGUACAUGUAGACGAGGUUAUAUAUUAUCAACCGAUGGAGAGUCGUGUACAAGAGUCCGGUUUGGUGAAUGGUCAAGUUGGAGUUCAUGCAUUGUAUCUGAGUGGGGUGGGGUGCAACACAGAGGACGACUUUGUAAGACCAAGUUAGGAAGAUCUGCGAAUAAUAGAUGUGUGGGUGCUGGUAGCCAAUCAAGAUCGUGUUCAAAAGUUACCAGUGAUUUUCGAAUUCGUAAAAACCUCUUGGAUCUGACUGAUGAAGAACUUCAUGAUUUCAUUCAAGGAUUCACUAAAUUUAAACAAGAUCAUUCGCUCUUUGGAUAUCUUAACACGGUCAAAUGGCAUGGAUGGCCUCAUAAAUGCCCAUGGUAUAAACAUGGCAUUAAAGGCCAUAAAAAUGGUCAUUGCAGUUGGCAUCAGCAUCCUAUGUUUCUACCAUGGCAUAGACUGAUCAUGGUGCAAUUAGAACUUGGUUUAUCUCGUCACAUGAAAAACAAAACGCUUGGAAUUCCUUACUGGGAUUGGACGGAUCCUAUUUACAAAGGACUUCCAGAUUUAGUGAAGAACCCAACCAUUUAUGAUCCCAUAUUGAAGAAAUAUGUUCCCAAUCCAUUUUACAGAACUUAUAUACCGAGUCACGCACCAGUUAACAAUAAAACACUAUAUAACUAUCGGUCGGUUAAAAAAGCUGGCUACCUUAUUCAUGACUUGAUGCUCAAGAACCUCAUACAAGCUGUUAACAUGCCAAGUUAUAAAAUGUUUGAUAUGACUGAGUUUCGUUCUCAUUCUCAGAUCCACAACUGUAUGUGCGUUGAUAAAGGUACUGGUAUUAACUGUACCUACAGCAUGCUCACUACCGAAUACUCUUGCUUCGAUCCAACAUUCUUCUUGCACCACAGCCAAAUAGAUAGGGUGUAUGCUUUGUACCAAAAACUAAGGCAAGUUUUAGGAACACAAGAUUGGACAAAAGAUAGUUUUUUGGAUCCUUACAAGAAAGAUGAUUUCUUUGAUUUCAACAAACAGCCAGAUGUUUCUGGGUCAUGGGAUUGGCCGAUGUCCCCGUUUUGUAACGCUUCAAUGAACCCAAGUUACGUCACGUUAAACAAAGACUCGUGGACCGUCGGCAAUUCUUAUUAUUACCAAGAAUUGUUUGGGUAUAAGUACGACACGUUUGAUCUUGCUAGAAGAGAUUGGAAACUUCUUCUCAAAGAUUUAAAGCAGAGUUACAAAAGUAAAUAUUAUGGGAAGAGCAUCCCCUAUUUCUCGCACAUGGGGAUUACCGUGGGUGAUAAACCCAAUCAACCCCUCAUGACCAUAAAAGGGUGCACGACCUAACCCAUCUAUUGCAACUAAUACUCUGUAACGCUGAUGUUAGUGAACUGUCCAAUCUAGUCUCCGACUAAGUCCGAUUUUUUUGUAACCCGACUAAAACUUACUGCGUAGAUUUUGUUUGUGGUGAAAUAAUCUGUUUUGUUUUGCCAAAGAAAACGUAUUGUUAUUUCUUUUGUGUCAUUGUGUUUAUCGUGUGUGCAGCUGAUUUGAGAUUAGUACAGCAAGAAAUAAAAAAUCAUUUUGUUAUCUUU